AUGGGGGCAUAUAAUAACACAUACCAGUUCGUCAUCCAGCCUGUUCCUAGUCAAGAAUACUGGCAGCAUGUUGAUUUACCUCCUAUAUUGCCCCCAGUAUACAAGAAGCAGAUUGGGAGGCCAAAGUUGAAAAGAGACAAGAAGAACGACGCCCCAAAAGAACCCACCCCAGAUUCUCAUAGGGCCCCCAGAAAGUGUGGCCCCAUCACCUGCAAGUACUGCCUAAAGACUGGACACAACAGUCGUAGCUGUUCCAAGAAGAAGGAGGCAAUGGCUGGGAGUGAGACCAUCCCAGUUCCUCAACCCGUUCCUAAUCCAGUGAGAUCUCCUUCAACUAGGCCACCAACUGCAAAAAGGCCACCAAAGAAGAAGAAGAAUUUGCGAAGACCACCACCAACUACUCGGCAACCACAAUCUGCUCCAGCAACACCAACUACUACUAGUCCAUCACCCCCGGCCUCUGAUGUGCCACCCAUUGUGACACCUCAAACCAUGCAAGCUGCAUCCCAGGACACUACUUCCAGGUUCAUGGAAUUCAUGACAACUCCCACAGUGAGAGGAUCAAGCUCAAGUAGGUGGCCGCAGCCUGCCUUCCGUCCACCACCAAAAAAGGGUUCAACAACUGCACACUUGAAGGAAGGGUCAAGCGGAAGCAGCAACUCCACUCCAAAUCCAUGA